CUCUCCCUUCCCCGUCGCAGCAACCGCCUCCUCCCGCCGCCCUCACUUCUUCCUGUGCUGUUCUUGCCUCUCUCCUGCUUGCUAGUGUUCGAAUCCUCAAUCACCACCUUUUUCUUGUUCCUUGCACCGAAAAGAUGAUGUCAUACAGUAGCAAGCUCCGGCGUCCUCUCGCGAUGGCCUUCGCCGCCACCUCCAAGGUCAUGCACCCUAUGCACUUGUCAACGACAAGCUCUUUGGCCCCGAUGUCAAAGCUGCAGCCACCAACAAUGGCUGCUUGCUCCAAAUCCUCGUUGAAAGGGCUCAAGAUGUGCUCGGGGCAACGAAGCAUGGCCAUCGCGAACCAGCAGACGCUGCAGUCAGAGCACUACCCCGAGAACAUGGCUUGCUAUCAGUGCUCGCAGACGGCGCAUGGAAAGGGAUGCUUUUCAAACUCAGGAGUUUGCGGCAAGCAAAUGGGAACUUCAGCGUUGCAGGACCUUAUCGUGGAGAUCAACAAGGAGAUCGGUCAGUUGGCCAAUGCCGGGAAAUUGACGCCGGAGAUGCGCGCUUUCUUCCUUGAGAGCAUGUUCUCUACGCUCACCAACGUCAACUUCGAUGACAGCAGGAUGGUGGACUAUAUUCGCAAGGGUCAGGUCCUUCUUGCAGCUGCCAAGGGAGAGAGCAAGUCCGUCAACGACUUCGCGUCCGAGCCCGACCACUGGCUCGAGGUCGCGGAGACCUACUCGCACGCCGCUCGUCAGAAGAACUUGGACCCCGACGCUUUCGGUCUCAUUGAGCUGGCCACCUAUGGAAUCAAGGGAGCCUGCGCUUACAUGUUCCAUGCCGAGGCCGUCAAGAAGCAGGCGCCUGAUGCAUACCCUGACCAAGAGGCCAACCAAGUGAUCGAUGGGCUGCUCAAGAUCAUGGCUGCCAUGCUGGAGCCUACCAAGCACGACCUUCUUGCGCUCUCGUUGGAGGUCGGAGCCCUGAAUGUCAGCGUGAUGAAGAUGCUCUCGGAUUCUCACAGAGCUCUUCUUGGAAUUCCCAGCCCCCACGAGGUCUCCUGCAAGCUCAAGCCCGGCCCCUGCAUCCUCGUCUCGGGUCACGACUUGGCGGAUCUCAAGAUCCUCUUGGAGCAGACGGAAGGAAAGGGAGUGAACAUCUACACCCACGGAGAGAUGCUCCCCGCCCACUCCUACCCUGAGCUGAGGAAGCACAAGCACCUCGCUGGAAACUGGGGAGGAGCCUGGUGGGAGCAGCACGGAGACUUCAAGGCCUUCCCUGGAGCCAUCCUAAUGACGUCCAACUGCCUGACGGCACCCACUCGCUCCUACAGAGAUCGUAUCUUCACUGCUGGACCUGUCGGCUGGGAUGGCAUCCCCCACGUGCAGGGACACGACUUUUCUCAGCUCGUCGACUGCGCUGUGAACAAGGCAAAGCCGGCCACGGGAGACGAGGUCUCAACCCACCCGGCUGAGAAGGUGACGGUUGGCUUCGGGUACGAGACGGUCGAGGGAGUCACGGACACGCUGCUCGGAGCCAUCAAGGGCGGUCAGCUCAAGGAUGUGUUCCUCGUCGGAGGAUGCGACGGCAGGGAGGCUGGAAGGUCCUACUUCACGGACCUUGUCAAGCAGUCCCCCGACUCCUCUGUCAUCCUCACUCUCGGAUGCGGCAAGUUCCGCUUCAACGAUCAGGAGCUGGGAAAUCUUGGAGAGUCUGGAAUCCCUCGCCUCCUCGACAUCGGGCAGUGCAAUGACGCUUAUUCCGCUGUUGUCAUCGCCAACGGACUUGCCGACAAGUUGAACGUCAAGAUGAGCGACCUGCCUCUGCACUUUGCGAUCUCCUGGUUGGAGCAGAAAGCCGUCGCCGUGCUUCUCUCCAUGCUCCAUCUUAACAUGAAGAACAUCUACCUCGGCCCCAACCUUCCUGCCUUCCUCACUCCCAACCUCGUCAAGGCUCUCGUUGACAACUACAACUUGAAGCUGACUGGGGAUGCUGAGAAGGAUCUCAAGGAGAUGCUGCAAUAGAUCAGUUUGCAUGUGUUUUUUUAAAUAUUUGAUUCAAGUAAACCAUGAUAGGCAAAG